ACUCUUCAAGCCGUCAACUCCAGAAGCUACCUACCUCAGCAGGACCAUCAGCCAGGUGCCGCGGGCAAAGUGGAGGGACACCUGACCAGGACGGACAAAGACGACCAGAGGAAAGACGAGCCAAGUCGUGAGGAGGACCGGGACAAGAAGUUCUCCAGGAGAGUGAACUACAGCCCCCCGUCCAGCUCCCGCUACAGUAGAGACAGCAGGUCAGUGAACUACAGCCCCCCGUCCAGCUCCCGCUACAGUAGAGACAGCAGGUCAGUGAACUACAGCCCCCCGUCCAGCUCCCGCUACAGUAGAGACAGCAGACGAGGGGAUGACCGUAAAAGGGACGACCGUACCAGGAAACGGAACGAUUACGACCGCAUCCCCCCGAGACGGGACUCGUACCGGGACCGUUACAACCGGAGGAGGGGCCGUAGCUACAGCCGCAGUAGGAGCAGGAGCAAGGACCGGGCCAGGGACCGGGAGAGAGACCGAGACCGCAGUAGCAGGAGUCACAGCAGGAGCCACUCCAAGAGCAGAGAGCGGGAUGCUGGGAGGUCAAAGUACGAGCCCGAUCGAGGAGACCGGGGGACGGAGGUUGGAGCUGGUGAAGGCCUACUGCCGAUCCCCACGGGCAAAACCGCCACGUUCCCCGUGCCCACCCUCAGCAGCACCAUCACGGUGAUCGCCCCUCAAGGUAACCACAGCAACAGCAUCGCCUCGGUGACGGACAGCUGGUCGGACUUCCACCCGGAUCAGUCACUGGACCGGCCCCUUCCGCCACAGAGGAAACGUUGCCGUGACUACGACGAGAAAGGCUUCUGUAUGCGCGGGGACAUUUGCCCGUUCGACCACGGUAUCGAUCCAGUGGUGGUGGAGGACGUUAAUCUACCCAACAUGUUCCAAGCCCCUCCCCCUAUCCCGGGGGUCGCCCAGCCCCCUCCCGGCCUACCGCCCCCGCCAGGACCUCCCCCUCUCAUGACCCCACCUCCCGUCAACCUCCGCCCCCCAGUGCCCCUGACAGGCAGCCUGCCGCCCGGCCCGCCGCCCGGCCCGCCGCCCGGCCCGCCGCCAGGUCCCCCUCACCAGGCAGCAGUGAUGGAUGCCCCUCCAAACUCCAUCGCCAACUCUGUUCCCACUAUUGUAACCACAGGGACACGUGACCCUCAUCCCCCAGCCCCCGGCUCCUCUCUUCCCACCAG